AUGAUCAUCGACAACAUACAAUUAGAUUUAUUUAAAAGUGGAGUUGAAAAGCCAGUCCAGGCCAAACCUGGUUAUGAUGGUGAUAUGUUGGAUUCAGUGCUUUCCCACGUAGGAGAUAUGGGGCGGUAUCAGAAGGUUUUGUACGUGGCAAUGAUUCCAUUCGGCUUUAUCUACGCCUUCACUUAUUUUGUGCAAAUGUUCAUAACUGUGGCACCGCAAAAUUAUUGGUGCAGGGUCCCUGAACUGGCCGGUUUAAGUAUGGAGCUAAGACGGAACCUAUCAGCGCCUGGCGCUGACACAGGAAUCUGGGACCAUUGCAUGACCUUCGACACCAAUUGGACAGAAGUUCUGAAUACAUUGACUCCACCACCUUCCGGAACACCCCUGAUAAAAUGCCAAAAUGGUUGGGAGUUUGAGUUCAAAGAUAUACCUUACGAGACUGUUGCAACUGAGAGGGAAUGGGUAUGUGAUCGUGCUAAUUAUGUUCCGAUAGCUCAGUCACUAUUCUUUACUGGCUCAGUCGCAGGAGGUUUUUUGUUCGGAUGGAUAGCUGACCGCUUUGGCCGAGUUCCUGCUUUGGUAGGAACUAACUUGGUAGGUGGUCUCGGCGGUAUAGCGACUGUAUUUACGACCGGCCUGUGGGACUUUAUUCUCUGCAGAUUUUUGGUGGGAAUGUCCUUUGACAACUGCUUCAUGAUCGUCUACAUUUUGGUUCUCGAAUACAUAGGACCUAAGUACCGAACGUUUGCCGCCAACUCAGCUUUCGGAUUUUCUUUUGGAGGCGGCGCAAUAGCAUUGCCCUGGAUUGCGUAUUUUAUUGCUGAUUGGCGCAUAUUCAUAUGGGUUACUUCGUUGCCUAUGUUCAUUGCGCUACUGGCACCCUGGAUACUACCUGAAAGCACCAGGUGGUUGGUCAGCAUUGGUCAUGUCGACAAAGCUGUGGAAGUGUUGAGAAGUUUUGAGAAAUUCAAUAAAUUGAAAAUUCCCGAUAAUGUCAUGGAUGAAUUUGUUGUAUCCUCCAACAAAGCCAAACUGGAGAAGAAGCAGACUUUGAUUACCCUUAUGAAGAGCCCACGAAUGUGUAUGGCGUUCGUUGGGCUGGUGGUGGUGCACUUGGGAUGUAACGUGGUGUUUGACGGCCUCGUGCGUCUAUCUGACUCCUUCGGACUGGAUUUCUUUCUCACAUUCUGUUUGAAUUCCGUGACAGAAUUACCGGCAAAUUUUAUUCUCGCUGUUGUUCUCGAUAGGUUAGGCAGGAGGAAUUUAACAUGGGCUCCUCUGGUCUUGUCAGGGUUGUUUAUAACCAUCGCUAUAUUUGUAACUGAUGGUGCAUCACAGGCGGGGUUAGCAAUAGUAGCACGUUUCUUUAUAAAUAUAAGUUACACUGUUACCAUGCAAUGGUGUGUGGAGAUCCUACCGACUCCCUUCAGAGCGACAGGCUCAGGCGCUCUGCAUUUAGUUGGCUACUUCGGCAUUAUAGUGACACCGUUUAUUGUAUAUUCGGAGCGCUACUGGAGCUUGCUGCCGCUGGUAACUUUUGCCAUAACAGCGUACGUAUCAGGAGCUAUCACUUUGGGAUUGCCUGAAACAAAAGGCCAACCGAUGCCGCAGACGAUAGCCGAUGGCGAGAAGAUAAUUAGGGAACAAUCCUUAUGUGGGAAUAUCAAGGAUGUUGAGGAAAACAAUAAAGAGUCAUCAGUGGAUCCAGGAAGUUAUAAGACUAGUCAUCAUAUUUAA